AGCGGAUCGGAUCCCGCAGGGCAAGAAGGAGGAGAAGAAGAAGAAGACGAAGAAAAACACACCAGGGCGAAUAGUCAUCAGUCUGGAGGUGCGGUUAUGACCGAGGCGGUGAAACUGGAAACCCGAGUCAGCGCAGACAGCGGACUGUGGUCGACUUUUACCAACAGGGUCCCCGUGUCAAUGCACCAUCCAUAAGUUGUAGGCAGUUCUUUUGAGCUGACAGUUCUUGGUUAAAGACACAAUGCCGGAGGCUCCUGAUUUGAUCAACCUGGGCUUUCUGUCCGAUUCGGAGCGAGAGCUUAUCCUGGAAGUCCUGCGACGGGAUGAGGAGCUGAGGAUGGUGGAAGACCAACGAGUACGGAAGCUGCAGAAAGAGUUGCUGGAGGUCAAACGGAAAGGGGCCAAACAUGUCAGUGGAAAUUACAGCGAGCGGAGCUGUGGCCGGUGCCAGGAGCCUCUGAGUCGUCUGGUUUCCCCCAACCAGUGUAAAAUGUGCAAUCACUAUGUGUGCCGAAACUGCCAAACAGUCCUGCCCAACGGAUCCUGGCUGUGCAGCGUGUGCACCAAGGAGAUGGAAUUAAAGAAAAGGACGGGCGAUUGGUUCUACAAUCAAAGAGUUAAUCGCUUCUCUAUGAAUCCUGGACAUACGCUUGUGAGGGCCUCGCUGAAAAAGAGACCAGCAGUUAAGAAGCGUGAAACAACAGCAGAAAAGCUCCUGAGGGAUGCUGAGAAAAUCUCACCUCCUCCCAAACCAGUGCCUCUUCCCAGGCAGAACCCACCCGGUAAAACCGAUCAGUCAAGCGAUAAUUCAGGAUCUAUUGCCUCAAGGGAAUCUCUUGAAGCAAAGGAUAAUGUUUCUACAAAGCCUCCACACAGCGACACAGAGUCUGCAGAAAACCUCAGUAUCAUUAGCAGUAAACCUGAGACUGAAUCUGGUCGGGCCACUCCUGAGCAACCCAGAGCUCACAGCUCAGUCCCCUCCAGCCCAGCAGCGUCCCACGCUUCCAGCCUGACGGUGUCCGUCAAAGCAGAUGUUGUUAGGACUGAAAGCGGCAACUUAAGCACCAGCUCAGCUGCGGACGUGAAACCCCUCAAUAUGACCUUAGAUCAGGAAGUUGAACGACUUUUCAAGAAAAGUGUCAGACUGCCCCCUAAAAAAGAGUGUUUAUCAACGCUUGACUUGCGUGAUGGAUGUGAUAAGUCAGUGGCGUCAAUGGGCAAUCGAAGCUGUUCAGUACCAGGCUUAGAUAUACAAGAGGAUCAAGAGGAGGAAGAGGAUAUCGAUCGUCUGGUUAACUUUCAUAAAAUGUCGAUGGCUAAGAGUUCCUCCAGUCUGCAGAGUUCAAAGAGCAUGAUGAGUAUUUACAGUGAAUCCGGAGACUUUGACAGCGUGGAGGUGAAGGGCGACGUCGUCUUCUCUGUGAAAUACGACGAACACACGCAGUGCCUCCAUGUGUUCAUCAAGCAGUGCCGCGAUCUGGCCUACGGCGACGCGGCGCGCCUGCUUUCCAACCCUUAUGUGAAAUGUUAUCUGCUCCCUGACAAAUCCCGUCAGAGCAAGAAAAAAACCAGCGUCAAGAAAAACAACGUCAACCCGGUCUACGGUGAAACUUUAAAGUACUCCGUCCGCCGUUCUGAGCUGGCCACUCGCUGCCUGCUGAUCUCAGUCUGGCAUAAUAGUCUCCUCGGCCGUAACGCCUUUCUGGGAGAGGUGGAGGUCCCUCUGGACGGCAGAGACCUGGAGUCAGGACGCGAGGAACAAAUGGCUCUCAUGGCAAAGACGGGCUCUGUUGUACAAGCGUCAGCGUUUGCUCAGUACAAGGGAGAGCUGGUGAUCUCACUGAAAUACGUCACGCCUAAAAAGACAACAUCAAAGAAAGUCAAAGGCAAAAAGGCACCAUCCGAGGAAGGUGGAGAGCUGCAUGUCUUGAUUAAAGAGGCCAAGAACUUGGUGCCAAUUAAACCAGGAGGCACGUCUGACAGCUUUGUGAAAGGGUACUUGUUCCCAGCUAAAGCAAAGGACGCAAAGAGGAAGACUGCCGUCAUGAAGAAGAACCUGAACCCCCAGUAUAACGCCACGUUUGUGUAUGAAGAGCUGAGUCUGGAGCAGCUGGGAGGGAUGUGCCUGGAGCUGACUGUGUGGGACCGAGGGGCCAAGCUGAGCAAUGAGUUCCUGGGAGGAGUCCGCCUCAGCUCAGGAAAAGGCACUGUAAAAAUAGGAAAAGAGGAAGUGAAACCGGAGUCUGGCGGAGAGGAGAUCAGUCUGUGGCAGAAGAUGAUGCAGUACCCCGACUCGUGGGCAGAGGGCACUCUUCCACUGCGCUGCACCAUGGGAAAGACUAAGGGUAAAUGAGGACAGAGAUGCUGAAAGUGAUCUGAUGCGAUGAGAAACUCUGGCCUCAGAGACAAAUAUGAGUCUGUGGAUUCGUCAUGUGACCAGGAGCUCGUCUGCUGCUUUAGGUUUUAGGCUGCAGCUCGGUUCUCCUCCCUGUGUGCGGGAUUCAGUUUAGUUCACCGACUCCUGAUUGGUGUUACUGUUCAACGUGUGCCAAAAGCUUCACACUAAGUCACUUUUUCAAACUUGAGACUGUAUGCAUUACGAUUGAAAAUCAUUCACAGCACAGAAGUGUCUUAAUUUUUCACACUUGUCUUUAUAAUCGUUUACAGAAGAACACUAUGAAGGAAAUUUCAUUAUAAACCAGCAUUAUGAAGGAUUUAUGGGCUUGGAUAAAAGCAGUUAUAUUAAAUGUGCACCACUGUGCUUUAAUGCUCUUAUUACAGUUUAUAUUUAUAUAACUUCAAUUAAAGGCCUUAUUUGAAGAAAUGAAAUGACUGUUUGUUUUAAUAUAAGUUUAUUGUUAAGCUUUGGGUUUGGAGUGUUUUCAGUCACGUUAAACUCAAGGUUACCUUGAAUAAUCUGUUGACCCAAUAAAAGUUAAACCCAA